AUGCAUUUCCUGUCCGCGACCGCCCUGCUGCUGUCUGCCGGCCUCUUCCAGGCCGUGCUCGGCCACAACAUCCAGCUCCCGGCCCACGGCCGCGAGUGCUUCCACGAGAGCCUGCGCCGCGAUGACAAGAUGACCGUCACCUUCCAGGUCGGCGACCGCGAGUUCGGCAGCGCCGGCAACCUGGACAUUGACUUCUGGAUCACCAACCCCUCCGGCCAGUACGAGACCUUCCAGAAGAGCGUGUCCAACGGCGACUACUCGUUCGACGCCAAGCACGACGGCAAGUACAUGUACUGCUUCGGCAACGAGCACUGGGGCGCCAACAGCAAGGAGGUCUCCUUCAACGUCCACGGCAUCGUCUACGUCGCCGAGCACGAGGCCGACAAGGAUCCCCUCGAGUCCGAAAUCCGCAAGCUGUCCGACCUCCUCGAGCAGGUCAAGGACGAGCAGUCCUACAUCGUCCUGCGCGAGCGCACCCACCGCAACACGGCCGAGAGCACCAACAGCCGGGUCAAGUGGUGGAACCUGUUCGUCAUCGGUGUCGUCAUCGGCGAGUCUGUCUUCCAGGUCUGGUGGCUGCGGAGGUUCUUUGAGGUCAAGCGCGUCGUUUAG